GCGGGCUCGAGUCGGGCUGGCGGUCCAGAGGAAGUGCUAGAGUUCUCUCCUCGCCCCGGCCGCUCAGGCGGUGAUAACGGGUACGGAAGUGGAGCGCGUGGGGGAGGGGCGGCCGCGCCCUUAGUCCGUGGCUCCAGCGAUGGAUGCCUGGCCGGCGUCGUCACUUUGAGGACAACUGGACAGGCGGCCCCCAUCUGGGUGAUUCUACUGGCCAGGUUCAGGACGUCGGGGCGGGCGUGGCUGGCCCCUAUGAAGUUACCGCGCACAGUCUAGAUACUGUAGUGGAGAGUCGGGCGUUUAACGUUGGCCAAUGGAGUUGGAUAGACCGAAAAAUCAAGAAAGAUGUCUAAGCAACAACCAACCCAGUUUAUAAAUCCAGAAACUCCUGGCUAUGUUGGAUUUGCAAAUCUUCCCAAUCAAGUUCACCGAAAAUCAGUGAAGAAGGGGUUCGAGUUCACUCUGAUGGUGGUCGGUGAAUCUGGUCUUGGAAAAUCAACUCUCAUAAACAGCUUAUUCUUGACCGAUCUCUACCCAGAAAGAAUUAUUCCUGGAGCUGCAGAAAAAAUCGAAAGAACUGUCCAGAUAGAGGCUUCGACAGUUGAAAUUGAAGAGCGGGGUGUCAAGCUGCGGCUUACAGUAGUGGACACGCCUGGCUAUGGGGAUGCCAUCAACUCCAGGGAUUGUUUCAAGACAAUUAUCUCCUACAUUGAUGAGCAGUUUGAACGCUACCUACACGAUGAGAGUGGACUGAACAGGCGGCACAUCAUUGAUAACAGGGUACAUUGUUGCUUCUACUUCAUUUCACCUUUUGGACAUGGACUGAAGCCCUUAGAUGUUGCAUUUAUGAAAGCGAUACACAAUAAGGUGAAUAUUGUGCCUGUCAUUGCGAAAGCUGACACUCUCACUCUGAAGGAGCGGGAGCGGCUAAAGAAAAGGAUUUUGGAUGAAAUUGAAGAGCACAACAUUAAAAUCUAUCAUUUACCUGAUGCAGAAUCAGAUGAAGAUGAAGACUUUAAGGAACAGACUAGACUCCUCAAAGCCAGUAUCCCGUUCUCUGUGGUUGGCUCCAACCAGUUGAUUGAAGCCAAGGGCAAGAAGGUUAGAGGCCGUCUCUACCCGUGGGGCGUUGUCGAGGUGGAGAACCCAGAACACAAUGACUUUCUGAAGCUGAGAACAAUGCUCAUCACCCACAUGCAGGACCUACAGGAAGUGACCCAAGACCUUCACUAUGAAAACUUCCGUUCUGAGAGGCUGAAGAGAGGCGGCAGGAAAGUAGAGAAUGAGGACAUGAAUAAAGACCAGAUUUUGCUUGAAAAGGAGGCUGAGCUCCGCCGCAUGCAAGAGAUGAUUGCAAGGAUGCAGGCGCAGAUGCAGAUGCAGAUGCAGGGCGGCGACACUGACAGCAGCACUCUUGGGCACCACGUGUGAGGUCCAGCUUCAAUGUUGGAAACACUUUGGAUAAAAAGAAAGUCUUCCUGAUAAGUGCUACAGCAUCAAGUUUCUUAGCCCUGUGGAAGGGUACCCAUCUACAUUGAAGUGCCUGUGUCUGAGGAUUUCAGUUGUUUUGUUGUGUUUUGGUUUUUUAACAUUUGAUUUUUGGUUUUUUCUUUUCCUUCUUUCUCCCUCCAACCCCCAACUCCCUUUGGUAUGAAGUACCUUUAACAUUUAUAUUUCAUUGCUAUGUUACAUUUUAAAUUUUGUGAGGAAAACUGAUACUUUAUUCCUCCUGAACCACUAAUGUUAGAAUUUAUUUCUAAGAAUCUGUCAACAUGUAUACUCUUAAUAGUGAAUUUCUUCGAUAUAGCUGGCCUGACUAAUUACUGACAAGUACUCUUGAUUUCUAUCCAGCCAUUUUUGUUUGCUCAGAAUGUCCCUGUGUGGUGGACAUGCUGUACCUGUGACAGAAGUGGCUGUGCAUACUUGGUGGCAAGAUGUUUGCUUAUUAGAAUGAAGUCACACUGUUAACUUUAUAUUUGUACAGAACACCUAAAACCAAUUUUGCUGCUGUAGUUCAUCCGGUUAAUUCAUCUGCACCAUUAUCUGUUAACCAGUAGACCAGAAGAGCGUUAUCUAAUGAGAUACAUGUUUAUACUUAAAUAGCUUUUAAAAAGCAGGAUUUCAGGGUAGAAUUUUAAGAGCUCUGGAUUCUAGUGCCAGAUCAUUUUCAAACCUCUGUAGAGAAAACUCACUACAAGGACUUUUUAUACUGUGGGUGGUGAUUGUGCUGUGCUGUGGAGAGAACCAAAGCAGCUAUGAGCUCCAGCUUCAGUUGUAACAAGACUCUCUAUAAGGAAGAGUCAGUAAACUUUUUACUCAGCUAAAAAGGCAAUACUUUUUUUAAAGAAACCAAAAUUUUUAUAUUUUAUACUGCACUUUAAUGUACUUUCUAUAACUAGGUGCAAAAGAUCAGCCAUGGCAGUGGAAAUCAUAGUCUUCGGCUGGCGUGGGUCCAAACCCAGGCUUGUGAUUGGGUGUGCUCUUGCACAAACCCAGGCUUGUGAUUGGGUGUGCUCUUGCACAAAAAGCCACUUGAAGCCCAAAUGCCUGCCAGGUUUUCCUCUAACUCUUCCCCUUUUCAGUGAUUCUCCUAUUGAAAGGGAAAUAACAGCGCUGGGUUGGUUUUUGUUUUGUUUUGUUUUUUAAUGUGCAGACUGUCUCAUCUGUUUUCCAGCACUGUCAUUUUCUUCAGUUUGUGUAGUAUAAAUGUCUUCAUGACAUGAUUGAAAGGCUUUUCAGAUCUGUGCCCCAAGCAGGUGAGCAGAGUCAGGCCUGGUUUACACUCCGGCACUUCCCUUCUACUGUGUCUUCUCAUGUCAGUCAGUGGUCUGAGAAAGGAAGAGGCAGGUGAAGGAGGCAGGGUGUGGAGAAGCAGAGCCGGUGCUAGCUGUGUGUUUCCAUUUGCUGCAGGAGGAAGUGCUUGAUUGAUGAUGAGGCAGGGAUUUACAUUUAAUUCAGGCCAAAAAUCAAUAGCACGAAUAAAGUGAAGCUUAAGAAUGGUUAUUUAUCAAUUACAAAGGAAAUGCAUUUGCUCACUGUGCCUCUUCACGUCGCAUCACUGUGAGCAGUCAGGGAAGUUCAUUGUGUGAAGUUCCUACAAGGAAAAGUGUCAGUGACCUUAAAGUGGACCCAUGCAGUCCUUUGUUUGGCUUAUUUUGAUAUUAGUUUUGUUGGAGAAAGAUUUAAAAACAAAAACCAACAAAAAGGAAGGAAUUCCCAAGCAUUCAGUGUGAGUCCCGUUUGUGAGUUAAGGGUGCCACUUAGGACCAGCUGACAUCCAAGGAUGGCAGUAUACAUGUGAGGUCUUGUAGCCACAAUUCUAAUGCCCUUCAGUUUUACUGCUUUUGCUAACAAAUACUUGCUCUUUCACUAAGAAGUAACUUGUACUUGUAGAAAUGUAUUUUGAAAACAUUUCACACUUCAACUUUGUAUCCAUUUAAAAUAACCUUUUUUCAAUAAAGCACUAUUGUUUAGAUAUUAAA